AUGAGUGUCGCGGCGACGAGUCAUCACACGAACGGCAACGGAGCCGCCGCGUCGUACGAUUCGAACGGCAACGACGAGAUCAAGAAGGAAGUGAAGGAGGAGGCGCACUCGGACGACGACGUGCCAUGGGGCGAGCUCGUGAAGCGCGACAACAAGCGCGAAAAGGACAAGAAGCAGCAGCAGAAGAAGCGGAAAGCGGAAAGUGGAGAUGAGGAGGACUACAAGCCCGAUAAGAAGAAGGUGUCGAAGACGACGAAGAAGAACGGAAAGAGGGGCGGAAGCGAUGAAGACGAGUCGGGUGACGAGUACAAGCCGGAGAAGCACAAGAAGAAGGGCUCGAAGAAGCGGAAUCGCGGCACCAGCGACGAGGAGUCCGACGAGGAUGAGGAGGAGGACUUUAAGCCACAGGUCGGUCACAGUCUGCGAAUUGGGAAACCGUUUGGCUAGGCAAACGCGCUGCGUUGCACUCAAUACUUUGCAUUUUUCAGUUUUCUUCUAUAAUUUUGAACGAAAAAUGCAAAGUGCCGAGCGCAGCGUUGAUAACUUCCGACAGAAUCCUUACAUUCACCUCUAGCCAGUCUCAUUUUCGAAAAACAAUACUAUUGAAUUUUUGUCAAAAAAGCAGAGAACUCUUCCGCUUUUGGAGAUGUAUUGGAAGAAUCGCUAGUCGCAUGUAUAAACGCUCUCUAACCUGUGUGCAUGUUUCACCCUGCUUGCUUUUUCUUUCUCACCUCGCACAUUUUGACAGGUAAAAACGGAGGUCGAAUCGACGCCGAAUUCAGAAGACGAGGAGGAGCGGAAACGACGCGAGAAAGAGGAGCGGAAGCGGAGGAAAAAGGAGAAAAGGGAGAAGAAGAAGGCGAGAAAAGAGGAAAUGAGCAGCGAGGACGAGAAGGAUUUGAACGGCAAUGAUGAUGAGGAGAGGAAGAAAAAGGUGCACAAACUUGGUUUUCCUGAUUUACCCUUUGUUUUGCACUGCAUUUGCUUGCCGGGACCUCUUGCUAUUAACCUUUAUCCGAACGGAUCCAAACUUUAGGGCCGCGCUUGUACUUUCGACCAUGCUCGGAUAGUAGCCAAUUGCAAGAGGGCCAAAAGUCUAGACACUUACGCUUCUCUUUUCCCUGCACAGCCAACCCACUCACAAAAUUGAAUAAACUUCCCAAUAUCCUCACUAAACCCAUCUCAAUUUCAGAAGCGCAAGUCCAACUCGGAGAAGAGCAAGCCGAGCACUUCGACGCCGUCCUCGAAGAAGGACUCGAAAAAAGAGCCUCCGAAGAAGAAGGUGAAGAAGGAGGAAGACGUGGAGGACAUCUGGGAGUGGUGGAAAGAGGACAAGAAGCCGGACGGCGUCAAGUGGAACAGUCUGGCACACAUGGGUCCGUUGUUCGCGCCUCCGUACGUGCCACUUCCCGACCACGUGCACUUCAAAUACAACGGAGAGGUGAUGAAGUUGAGUCUGGAGGCCGAAGAGGUGGCACAGUUCUACGCGGGUGUUCUGGAUCACGAGUACGCGACAAAGGACGCGUUCAACAAGAACUUCAUGAAGGAUUGGCGCAAAGCGAUGACCGUGCGGGAACGCGAGAAGAUUACCGAUCUGAAGAAGUGCGACUUCCGCGCGAUCGACGUCUACCAGAAGGAGCAACGAGAGAUCCGUAAGGCGAUGACGAAGGAGGAAAAGCUGAAGAUCAAGGAGGAAAAGGAGGGCGAGAUGAAAAUCUACGGAAUCGCCGUCAUCGACGGACACCGGCAGAAGGUGGCCAAUUUCCGCAUCGAACCGCCCGGCGUCUUCCGCGGACGAGGUGGACAUCCAAAGAUGGGUCUGAUCAAGAAGCGCAUCAUGCCCGAAGACGUGAUCAUCAAUUGCGGCAAAGAUUCGGUAAUCCCGAAAGCCCCGCCGGGCCACAAAUGGAAAGAGGUGCGCCACGACAACACGGUCACGUGGCUCUGCUCGUGGACGGAGAGUGUGCUCGGCCAGAACAAGUACAUCAUGCUGAACCCGAGUUCGAAGAUCAAAGGAGAAAAGGAUCACGAGAAGUACGAGACUGCGCGACGUCUGAAGAAAAAGAUUGGCGGCAUCCGCGAACGGUACACGGAGGACUUCAAAUCGAAAGAAAUGCGAGUACGCCAACGCGCCGUCGCCCUCUAUUUCAUCGACAAACUCGCGCUGCGUGCGGGUAACGAGAAGGACGUGGACGAGGCGGCCGACACGGUCGGAUGCUGCUCCCUCCGCGUCGAGCACAUCAAACUGUUCGACUCGGCGAAACUCAACGAGACGGACAAGAAGGAGAAGGAGUUUGUCGUCGAGUUUGAUUUCCUCGGAAAGGAUUCGAUCCGCUACUUUAACCGCGUCGCCGUCGAAAAACGCGUCUACAAGAAUCUGACGUUGUUCAUGGAGGCCAAGGCGCCGGGCGACGAUUUAUUCGAUCGACUCGACACCGCCUCGCUGAACGAGCAUCUCCGCUCGCUCAUGCCCGGACUCACCGUCAAGGUGUUCCGCACGUACAACGCGUCGAUCACCCUCCAGGAUCAACUGAUCAAGCUGACGAACCCGAAGGACAACGUGGCGGCGAAGAUAUUGUCGUACAACCGCGCGAAUCGACAGGUCGCCAUUCUGUGCAACCAUCAACGUGCCGUCUCGAAGACGUUCGAUCAGGCGAUGGAGAAGUUGGAGCAGAAGGUGAGCACAAAACCGAAAUCUAUGUCAUCUAUUUGUUUUUCUUCAGAUAAAAGACAAAAAGAAGGAGGUGAAGGCGGCCGAAGAGGCGAUGCGAAGUGCACGCGGAGCGGAGAAAGAGAAGGCCGAAAAGAAGUACGAGCGGCUGAAGGAACAGCUCAAAAAGCUGAAAAUCUCGAGGACCGACAAGGACGAGAACAAGCAGGUUGCGUUGGGAACAUCCAAACUCAACUAUCUCGAUCCGCGAAUCACGGUCGCCUGGUGCAAAAAGUACGAGGUGCCGUUGGAGAAGGUAGGAGUAACGAAUUUAACAAAACUUUGACAAAAAGCCGGUAAAUUUAAGCAAAAUUUGUUCAUUUCUGGCCGCAAAUCACUGACUUUCUUGUAAUUUUCAGGUGUUCACAAAGACGCAUCGCGAAAAGUUCCGUUGGGCGAUCGACAUGACGAUGACGUCCGACGAUGAGUUUGUCUUCUAG